AUGCCAACACUGUCAAAAAAUUUGUACGGCAAAUAUGACAGAGAGAAUCUGGUUAAAGCCAUUGAUGCAGUUGCCAAUGGGAUGAGCUGUUCUGGGGCAGCUCGUCAAUUCGGCAUUCCCAGGAAGACCCUUGCCGAUCAUGUUUCGGGACGAUCGAAGCUGGAAAGAAGGGCUGGGAGAGAGAGAAGCAUCCCCGAAGCCAUUGAAAACAAAAUAGUAGAUAAGGUCAUCGCUGCUGCGGCUGCUGGAUUCCCUAUCACCAAGCAGCAAUAUUUACUGAAAGUAGGAUCAGUUGUCAGCAAGCUGCACCUGAAGACCCCCUUUACAAAUGAAGUUCCUGGAAAGGAUUACUGGUUGCAGCUAAAGAAAAGGCAACCUGAUAUUGCAAUUCGCACUCCGGAGAACUGCUUAUCGAGCAGAUUAGCUAUGAUGAAAAGGGACGUGGUUGACAGAUAUUUUGGAGAUCUGCACAAGAUCAUAACUGAGUUGGGAUUACGAGAGAAGCCAGCACAGAUCUGGAACUGCGAUGAAACGGGCCUCACAUUCUGCCAGGAUGCUUCAAAGGUUCUGGCUGCAAAAGGAGCCCGGAAUGUAGUGACCAGGUGCAGUCCGUCCAAAGACAACAUUACCACCUUGGUAUGUGUUAACGCCGCAGGUUCUGCCAUGCCCCCUAUGUGCGUCGUCAAGGGAAAAACGAACAGGUCCAUCCAUUCCUUUGCUAUCCAGGACAGCCCAGAAGGCACCAUUUGGGCCUAUCAAGAAAAUGGUUGGAUGAACGACGACAUUGGGGUGCAAUGGUUUCAGCAAGUUUUCCUCCCCAACUGCGGAGACUCAAGGCCUCAAUUGUUGAUCCUAGACUCACACCACAGCCAUGAGGUCCUGGAACUUCUCGAGAUGGCGAAGGAACAGUUGGUCCAUGUUUUGGCUCUCCCCCCUCACACCACACAUAUGCUCCAACCUCUGGACCGGGUGGUAUUUAAACCAUUCAAGACAGCCUACAGACGCCACUGCACAGAAUUUUUAACUGCCAAUCCAGGGAAAACCAUAAAUAAAGUGACAUGGCCAAGCCUUCUUUCCAAAACCUGGAUGUCAACUUUGAAGCCAGAGUUAAUACAAAAGGCUUUCGAAGCUACUGGAAUCCACCCUGUAGACAAGACAAGAAUACCUGAAUCGGCUUUCUUGCCAGGAGAUGCUUAUAGGGCUGCAGUUGCAACAGCAUCAUUGUCAUCAACAGAAUCUGAACCUGCAGUUGCAACAGCAUCAUCGUCAUCAACAGAAUCUGAACCUGGAUCUGAACCUGCAGCAACGCCAACACCAUGUCCCAUGGAAGUGGAAGAGCAAACUAUUGAUGAUGUUGGGGACGUCUUGACGAUAUCAAUGCAUGAAAUAAGGAAUCUUGAUUUCUUCAACUUCACCGUUAACGUCGAAGGAGAAGAUGUCAACAUUGAUGAUAUUGUCAAUGAAUCAUCACCAACCGUCACCGACACUCAGCCAGAAACCAACCCAACUCAACUCCCGGAGGCAAACUACUGGAACCAAACCGUAAAUGAAAUUUUUGGCAUUGCUUCCCAGUCCCCAGGAAACACAACCACUUGGAAAUCAAGAGCGAUUCCAUCUCACAGACUAUUAACAUCUGAACAGGUGCUCCAGGAGAAAUGA